AUGCAUUUGUCGUUGGUUCUUCUUGUCCUCGGAUGUUUGUUUGGCGAGGCGGUGCUCUACGGCAUUUCGAUCUCAAGCUUAGUGCCGCUUGGCCACGAGUGCACGAAGCCGUACGUCUGUCGAAACGCGUACGCGUUGUGCAUAGAUGGAAUCUGUAAAUGUCGGUCCGGCUUCGAAGAAGUGGACGGCAUCUGUUCCCCGUUGGAAUACCGCUGCCCGUUUGGCGAGCCACUGCGAAACGGCAACCAAGUGGUCGAAUGUGCCACCACCCGGUCAGUUGGGCCGACAACCGGGACGGUCGACGACUGUCCGCCUGGAAACAAAUGUUUCGAACACCUUCACUCUGAAAUCGACAACGGCCGACAGCAUGGUCACUGUUGUCCGAGCUUCACGCUGGACUUGAAGGUCAACGCGUGCCCCGUGGGCGAGCAGCACACAAAUGGCACAUGUCCCGAUCUGUCAAAGUUCCCCGCUGAUUUUCCUAUUCCAGUCGAGGCAAGGCGCACCUGUCCUUAUGGCAAUCACGACUGCGUUGGAAGUGCCUGUUGCCCUGAGCCGUGUCCCGCAUCGAACACCUUUUUCGAAGUGAAAGGUCUGUGCUACACUCGAGUGUUUCUGAACAAUGAAUGCACGAUGGACGGCGAAUGCUACCCCAACGCGAGAUGCGUGCAAAACGGAGGUUAG